AUGGAAGGCACUCAUAGCACCCUCCAAUUGCAUAAGCCCAUUACCGAACUCUGCUACAUCAGCUUCUAUCUUCCAAGGGGGGAAGUCAGAGGAUUUUCAUACAAGGGCACUGUAACUCUAGACAGAUCCAGUAGAGGUUUUCAUAACUGCUACCAAGUCAGGGAGGGGCCAGACAUCGUCAGCCUCAGCCAGGAGCCGAGCGAACAUCCAGGUGACAUAUUUUUCAAGCAGACUCCCACGAAAGACAUUCUAACUGAGCUGUACAAACUCACGACAGAGAGAGAGAGACUGCUGGCCGACCUGCUGAGCUCAGACCACAUCCUGGGGAUUACGAUGGGGAACCACGAGGGGAAGCUGCCGGAGCUGUCCGUGAGCCUGGCCCCGGAGGACGACCGCUGCCAGAGUGCCGGCGACUGGCCGGGGGAGCCCCCGGUGGGCCCUCUCAAUAAGAGGAGUGCCCACAGGAACAAAAAGGCCCGGAGGUUUGGUGGCAGGAGAGAGGGCUUUGAGGCGCUCCUGCAGAAGAGGACGCGAAGGAAAGGGCGUGGGGGCCAGGAGUCGGCUCCUCACGGGAAGGAGGGGAGGGACCAGGUCGGCUUCAGCAACUCCCUUCCUCGUUCUCGAGCGAGGCCUAACCUUUGGCUCCUAGAGGAGAGAGGAAACUUGCUCCCAAACGGGGCACUUGCCUCUUCCCUGCACAGGAGAGAGAGCUGCCCCCCAGAUAUCUCCAGGACACUGGAUGCAGAUCUGGGAUUCGGGGACUUUGGGACGGCUUCCAAGGACACUGGGCCUGGAAGGGGAGCGCCGCCCACUGACGGCAGCUCCACAGGGCCAGGACACGGUGGCGUUCGGGAGCGGCCGAGGAGGCCUCACGGGCUGGAGCAUCGGCAAGCAGCUUUGCCUGGAAGCCACCAGGACCCGCAGAAGCAUCCCGAGGCCGAGAGGGAGGGGACAGAGAAGUCAGCUGAGCGGACCUGCGAGAAGAAACCUGUUUCCAAAGUGGUGGCCAAGGUCCAGGAUCUGUCCUGUCAGGUACAAAGGGUGGUGAAAACGCAUCCCGAGGCUGAGGAAAGGAUCGCCGUUUGCCCAGCGGCCCAGGCUGAGUUUGCACCCACAGCGGACUCGCUCUGCCUCCCGGGGGCCGAGGCCGGGGGUCGGGGCUCCAGGCGGCGGGGGCCCGGGCCCUCUCAGUCCUCGGCCAGCCAAAGAGCCUCCAUUUCGACCACGUCAGCCGGUGCUGAGGGGGCUGUGAACAAGGUCCUCCUGAAGGUGAUAGAGAGCGAGAAGUUAGAUGAAGCCACCGAGGGGAAAAGGCUGGGCUUCCCCCUCAGCAAGAGAGCCACCCGCAGCCUCCCGGAAACCGGAGGCAAGAAGCGAGGCGGGCUGCCCCCAAGCGGCCGCAAGUCUUUGCUCCUGGAUCUGCCCCACGGGGUAGGUCCCCGCUCCUCCCAACCCGUGAGUGAUGAGAAGAGGCCUUCCCCCCCAGCACCAGCGGCUCUCGGCGUGGCAUUUAAUAAUUCAUCCCCUCAGUCUAGCACACGCAGACGGGCGUCACCUGUUCCCUCCCCGCUGUCUCCGAGACUCCCCAGCCCUCAGCAGCAUCACAGGAUCCUCCGGCUCCCUCCGCUGCCUGGUGAGAGGGAAGCCGCUCUUAAUGACUCUCCUGGUAGAAAGAGCAGUGUCUUCUCUGGGUCCCCGUUUGCUGACACCUUGGAGCCACCAUCCUCUGCAAAGGUCACGGAGACCAAAGGAGCCAGCCCAGCCUCCCUCAGAGCAGGCCAACCAAGGUUGGCGCCUGAGGAAACUUUGGAAAAGAGCGUGGGGCCAGAGAGGACCACAGCUCAGCCCCAGCACCAGUCACCUCCAGGUAUCUCCUCCGAGGGCUUUCCCUGGGACAGCUUCAAUGACCACACACCUAAAGACCUUCCCAACAGGGAUGGAAGUACGUGGGUCCUGGGCUAUAGAACAGGCCCAGCCUGUCCAUUUUUGCUCCACGAGGAAAGAGAGAAGUCAAACAGAAGCGAAUUAUACCUUGAUCUCCAUCCUGACCAGAGCCCCACUGAGCAGGACGAUAGGACUCCUGGCAGGCUCCAAGCUGUCUGGCCACCCCCAAAGACAAAAGACACGGAAGAAAAAGUGGGAUUGAAGUACACUGAAGCAGAAUAUCAAGCUGGUAUUUUACACUUGAAGAGAGAGCACAAAGAAGAAAUUGAAAACCUGCAGGCCCAGUUUGAACUUCAGGCAUUUCAUAUCCGGGGGGAGCAUGCGGUGGUAACAGCGAGACUAGAAGAAACCAUUGAAAAUCUCAAACACGAGUUAGAACACCGAUGGCGAGGAGGAUGUGAGGAGAGGAGAGAUGCCUGCAUCUCCACCGACGAUGACUGCCCUCCAAAGACCUACAGAAACGUGUGCAUCCAGACAGACAGAGAGACCUUCCUCAAGCCCUGUGAGGGUGAAAGCAAGGCAACCAGAAGUAACCAAAUAGUACCCAAAAAGCUGAAUAUCUCCUCUUUAGGCCAACUUUCUCCCCCAAAUGACAGCAAAGACAGCCACACAUCACUUCAAUCUGUGGAAGGCAUGUCAUCAAAUCAGCAGAAGACAUCACCGCCCCCGCCCGCACCUCCCUUACUUGCAUCCAUUCCUCCCCCACCUCCCCUCCCGCCUGGACUUGGACCUUUGUCACCAGCACCUCCAAUGCCACCUGUGAGUGCUGGGCCUCCGCCGCCCCCUCCACCACCUCCUCUACCUCCAAGUGCCGGACCUCCGCCACCUCCACCCCCACCACCGCUUCCUAACUCCCUGGUUCCACCCAACCCCGGGGGCCCCCCUCCUCCUCCUAUACCCCCAGGACUUGUACCCCCACCCCCUCCCGGGCUCUUCUUCGGACUCAGCUCUUCUUCCAGCCAGUGUCCUCGAAAACCAGCCAUUGAGCCCAGUUGUCCCAUGAAGCCUUUAUACUGGACUAGAAUACAAAUAAGUGACAGGAGCCAAAAUGCUGCGCCAACCUUAUGGGAUUCCUUAGAAGAACCUGACAUUCGGGACCCCAGUGAAUUUGAGUAUUUAUUCUCCAAAGACACAACUCAGCAGAAGAAAAAGCCUCUGUCAGAGACCUAUGAGAAAAAAAACAAGGUCAAAAAGAUCAUCAAGUUAUUGGAUGGAAAACGAUCUCAAACUGUGGGAAUCUUGAUAUCUAGUUUACAUUUAGAAAUGAAGGAUAUCCAACAGGCCAUUUUCAACGUGGAUGACUCUGUGGUUGAUCUGGAGACCCUGGCAGCCUUGUAUGAAAAUAGAGCCCAAGAGGAUGAAUUGGUUAAAAUAAGAAAGUAUUACGAGACAUCUAAAGAAGAAGAAUUGAAGCUGCUGGAUAAACCUGAGCAAUUUUUGCAUGAGUUAGCCCAGAUUCCUAAUUUUGCUGAACGUGCCCAGUGCAUAAUCUUCAGAUCUGUCUUUUCUGAGGGUAUCACCUCCUUGCACCGAAAGGUAGAGAUCAUCACACGAGCUUCUAAGGGCUUGCUGCACAUGAAGAGUGUGAAGGAUAUUUUAGCUCUCAUUCUGGCUUUUGGAAAUUAUAUGAAUGGAGGAAAUAGGACUCGGGGACAAGCUGAUGGAUAUAGCUUAGAAAUUCUGCCCAAACUCAAGGAUGUCAAAAGUCGGGAUAAUGGGAUUAAUCUGGUGGACUAUGUUGUGAAGUAUUACCUGCGUUACUAUGAUCAGGAAGCUGGAACAGAAAAGAGUGUUUUCCCCUUGCCUGAACCACAAGAUUUCUUUCUGGCCUCCCAAGUCAAGUUUGAAGACCUCAUAAAAGACUUGAGAAAACUGAAGAGGCAACUAGAAGUAAGUGAGAAACAGAUGACAGUGGUGUGCAAGGAGUCCCCAAAGGAGUAUCUCCAGCCUUUCAAGGACAAACUAGAGGAGUUCUUCCAGAAAGCCAAGAAAGAGCAUAAAAUGGAAGAAGGUCACUUGGAGAAUGCACAGAAAAGUUUUGAAACAACAGUAGGAUAUUUUGGGAUGAAGCCUAAGUCUGGUGAGAAGGACAUCACACCCAGCUAUGUGUUUAUGGUGUGGUACGAGUUCUGCAGUGACUUCAAGACAAUUUGGAAACGGGAGAGUAAAAACAUAUCUAAAGAAAGGUUGAAAAUGGCUCAGGAAUCAGUCAGCAAGUUGACAUCAGAGAAGAAAGUGGAGACGAAAAAAAUCAAUCCCACUGCUAGUCUGAAAGAAAGACUGCGCCAGAAGGAAGCCAGUGUGACCACCAACUAAGAUGGAGACACGUGGAAACGAUGACGGCGGAGAUGUAG